UGAAUUGAUUUUGGUGGUGUGUUGCACUUUCCCGUUUGCUGCCGCAGAUUUUUCUUUUCGGUUUCAUAUUUCGCUGUUGAUUUGAACGCGUGGUGCUCAUCGUCAUCGUCGUCGUCGCCGCCGUCGACGGUAACCUCCCCGGGGAUUCGGAUCGGACCGCAGCCGACACUUGUGUUUGACGUUUAAAAAACCUUCGUCGGCUGAUCGGUCGUGGUCGUCACGCUUUGGAUAAAACACACGAAUCAUUCGCAUACUUUUGGAGCAACAAUAGCAACAGCAGCAGCAGCACUAGCACCAGAUUGCUCUUGACUGGUCACACAAAAUGGCGUUCAUAUUUACAGAGAUAUACGACUGGUACAGAGACCUAAUGGACAAUAAAAGUGAUCCCCGAGUUGCAGACUGGCCCAUGAUGUCCUCGCCCUUACCCACACUCGGACUGUGCAUAUUCUACGCAUAUUUUAGCAAAUCACUAGCACCCAAACUGAUGGAGAAUCGAAAACCGUUGGAUCUUCGAAAUUUCCUAGUCCUCUAUAACCUAUUCCAGACUGUCUUCAGCACGUGGAUAUUUUACGAGUAUUUACAAAGUGGAUGGUGGGGCCACUAUAGCUUUAGGUGUCAACCGGUAGACUACUCUAAUAAUCCCCUUGCCUUGCGGAUGGCUCGAACCUGCUGGUGGUACUACAUCUCCAAGUUCACCGAAUUCUUCGACACGCUGUUCUUCAUCCUGCGGAAAAAGGACCAGCACGUGUCGACACUGCACGUAAUCCACCACGGCUGUAUGCCAUUUUCGGUGUGGAUGGGCAUGAAGUUCGCUCCGGGUGGCCACAGCACGUUCUUCGCCAUGCUGAACUCGUUUGUACAUAUUGUAAUGUAUUUUUACUACAUGGUAGCAGCCCUAGGACCAAAGUAUCAGAAGUACAUCUGGUGGAAAAAGUACCUCACCGCUUUUCAGAUGGUGCAAUUUGUGGCCAUCUUUACGCACCAGUUCCAGCUGCUGUUCACCGAGUGCGACUACCCGAAGGGUUUCAUGGUGUGGAUCGGGCUGCACGGUGUCAUGUUCCUGUUCCUGUUUUCGGACUUCUACAAGCAAGCGUACAGCAAACGGCGGACGGCCAUCGCCAAGCGGGCAGCCGAACAGCAGCAACUGCUCCAGCAGAAACAGUACGAUGCCCUCUCGCACAAUGGUGGCAUUAGUUUGCAGCAUCUCAACGGGCAUCUGGCCUACCAGAAUGGGAAACUGUCUAAUGGGGACCUGGACAAUAACAACCAGGCUGGUGCAUGUAUGCCCGUUCUGGACGACAACGACGAACAUGUGCGCAAGCUGGCUGCCAACGGAGGAGGCGUCUACAUGAACGGAAACGGCCCGAAAGCUUACAGCAACGGUGGCAGUACCAUGAACGGAUUCAUUGAAGUCACCCGAGCAGAGGAAAACGGUUCGUUGGCGAUGGCGAAUGGUGGUGGCGAUGGGUCACUUCGGGCGCGGAAGAUAGUCCAAUAACCCGGCGCCAGCGGUGGUUACCCUGCAGCAGCAGCAACAACAGCAACAAGCCGGAGAAAAAGCUGCAAAAUUCGCCGGCGCCAGCGGUGAAAUGAUUUCUCACUGUGUUCGCAAGUCCCUUCAACCUGUUCCUUUCCGGGAUUUUGGCUGUGCGUGGUUCGCAACCGACGGUCAGGAAUCUUCCAUGGGGGUGGGUUUGGGGGUCCAUGCGAAAACGAUCGAUCAAAAGGGGUGGUUUAGUGGAAAAUAAAGUUAUAAAGUGUCUAAUUAGCGGAUGUAAUAUUACACAGUUAAGAGAUAUGUAAAAUUUGCGUGAAUGUUUUGCGAUCGGCGAGAGAGAGAUAGUUCGAAUGUGUGACUGAUGUGGUAAUGGUGAGUGCAUGCGAAAAGGGUUUUCUAGGAUGUAGAUAGCGAUUAGUGAAUGAAGUUUUUUUUUGUUUCUCAUUGUAAGCGAUUCGAUGCGGCGUGAAACACGCUGUCGAGAGUAAAAGAGAUUGAUCGGAUAGAUAGGAAGAGAUCUGGACGACUACUGUUUUUCGUUAUGAAAUUAAUUAGCGCGAGAGAAGGAUCGUUUCAGAAACUGUCCUCGAUACCAGAAUGUUGUAGUGCAAAGAGAAAUGUGAACAGUGGGCAAAAGCAGAAAAUUAACUACUCGCUGAGGGGGAAUAGUUUAGGUAGCUUCUAGGAAAAAGGUGUUUUUUUAACUUUUAGAAAGAUUUAUGCAUACCAUUACUUAAAAAAAAAAAAAAGAUUUCGACCGAACUAUUUUGCACCAUUUUCUCACGACUCUAUUAAUUGUCACAGCUGUUCAAAGUUUGCGUGAAUAAACUUCAGUUUUUGAAUUAUUCAAACGACAUCAUCCGCAGUACGGUGUGGUGAACAUGAUUGUACGAAAUUCCCUCGGAAACUGGCCUUUUUUUUUGUUUGUUACAGUUUUGAACAAUUUGAACACUGAACCAGUAAACGCAUUUCGCACUCAGCGCGCAGUCAUCAAACAUGUUUGUGAUGACUGACUCAGACCGGCAGCACUUGAAGAAGAGCAACUUAUACCUAAGAAUAUGUGGAUUUGAGUGGAAUAUUUGAACAAUAAACAAUCACAAACCAGAGCGAAA